CUGAAUACGAAUACUGACAAGUUUUUCAAUAACAGGCAGGAAGACCGAUUAAACAUGACGUCUACUGCGGUGAGAUCGCUGAUGUAGCAUUGGUUGCUUUUGUACUGGCAUCGCUUCUGGCUUUUGCGAUAUUGAUGCUUCAAAUUAAUGGAUUUGGAAGUAGUUCUCUCCAAUUGAGCAUUUUUGAAUGAGCUAAAUCAUGCCGAUCAGCGAAGAACAAGAUUUGAUCAAUUUUUAGAAUCGAUUGGAACAAUUGAUUUCCAAUUUUCAUUCGUUGUUUUGUUUUUUUGGGACGUUUCUCCGACACAUGAAGCAUAGUCGGAGCACUUUGAUGACGAUAAUGGAGGACGAAAAGUCUGCUGAUGUGAGCAUCCGGUUAUGCAAACACUGUGAUGCACCGGAAAACAACGGUCCGUGGCCUGGAUCUUUGCAGUUUUAUCUUCAGAAGGCGUAUCAUCAAACGGAGUCGCAUCUGGAGGACAUAAACCCCGGAUCAUUGACAAGUACAAUUACAAUAUUGUGGCGUUUUUUGUUCGUGAGAAACUAUUCAAUGGUCGGCUCUAUCAGAACGUGCUUUGAUGAAUUUGGCUAAGAGUAAUCGUUGUAGUUGUAAUGCUUCUUGGUAUCUUCUACACCUGUACGUCCUCGACCCUUUACGCCUUCCUUUGCACAGGUGCUGACAACGACGAGGCGAAUCGCGCUCUACAGCAGGUUUUGCUAGAGAUAGAUCUGCAUGACGAGAAGCCAUGGCGGGCCGAUAGAUUAGCAGACUUUUUCAACUAUGAUCUCAACGAGCGCUCAUUCAGGGAGUAUGUGCGAGCACAGAUCCGCUUGCGAUUUCAGAAUAGGCAAAGAACAACGCUCGGGGCACAAGCAGCGGGUCCAGGAGGCUACUUGGGCCAGGGCGGGAGUAAAAAAGGACCAUAUGGAAAAGGAGGCAAAGGCGAUUUUGGUGGUGGAUUUUACGGCGGCGGAAAAGGCGACUUCGGAAAUUGGUACUAAUCGUUUUUAUGUUUAAAUACUGCUUGCGUAGUUUCUUUUGUACGCAGACGCAAAUAUAAUAUGAUGAGGCUCGUAAGACACUGCUGCAGUUGACGAUUGGUUGAUAUAUUCAAAGGCUUAGUACUAUCAAGGAUCAAAAUCAUAUUUCUCCAUCACCACUUAGGCGCGGCGCACCAGGCGGUCAGAAUUAUGGGGUGGAUCCGAUGAACCAGUUCGCGCACCCAGCGGGAGCUGGUAACAUGGUGGCUCCUGCGCCAGGUGCUAUGCCUGGCGGCGCUCCAAUGGGCGGCGCACCGGCAGGCACUGAUGGUACAAAGGGCACAGGGCCGGUCGAGUGCGAGUCGCUCUACGUAUUGGGCUUCCCGAGUGCAUGGCAAAAGUCCGAUUUGCAGGCCUAUUUCGGACAGUUUGGCAUCGUCGUAAACUGCCACAUUAUGCCAGCACAAGAGGGCCAGCGGACCGCAGGCAUCGUGAAUUACGUCACAGUAGCAAUGGCGAGGGAAGCGAUCGCACAGGCAAAUGGAAAGGUACCUGUCUCCCUUUAAUGGACUUAGACCAACCUGAAAUUGAUUACCGCAAAGAUCGGCAACUUUUCAUAUGUACACUAAGGUCGAUGAAGGGGAAGGCUUUUCAAUUAAUUCCUAAUGACGCUGCUGAGGAUAUGAGGAACAGGAACGCUUAUUUUCUAUCAUCGUUUCAUCAACAGGUUCUGCCGGGCAACGAUGCUGGGAUGGAUGUACGGUUUAAGAUGCCGGGUCGAAGGGAGCAGAAAAAGGGACAAAAACAGGGCUGGAACACAUGGGACAAAGGAGCUGCCUUCGGAAAAGGUCCUGCUGGGAUGUGAUUGCCCUAUGAUAGACACUGUGAUAGAAAAGUACUAAUCCCGUGACCCCCGAACUCCCAACCCCAUUUGACUAGUCGAUCCCCUUGCGCAUUCCCAUCAUCACGGUUUCACGUAAUUGAUAUAUACAUCAAAUUUCUCAUCUUAUUUGUCACUGCAAAUGCGAAGUUUUUCUC